CGGUUCUUUGGCAGUGUGGUGAGGCUGGUUGGAGACUCUCCCAGUUACCAGUGGGUGUGAUUGGUCCAUUGCAGGGCAAUAGCAGAUCUUCCCCCGGAUGCCGAUACUACAGUAUUAGUCAGGGAUCGGGAAUAAUUAUUGUAGGAAUUGAACGCAAAUCUGCAGGCUCGUCUAGCUCUUUAUUUGGGAAGACACUGCCCUCUUGUGACCACAUGCGGCGUUGCAGCUACAAUGAAGAGGGCGGUCUAUGGGAGGGGUCUAAGCUUGUCCUGGGUCACGCCUACAAGCACAGGUACAUUUUUCAAACACUAGUAAUCCAAGAGGCUGUGACUAACAUGUAGAGGGACUAACGAAGUUGAAACGUGAUGAGUGUUACUAUCAAAAAGGCAGAUGUUGCUUUUAUUUGAACAAAAAGCGGGAUUCUAAGCACCUGAACAACAAUGUGGACUUUCUUGGCUGAGUUGCUGAUUCUCCUGCUGAUUUGCAGAAGACAAGUUUAUGCAGUGUCAUUCUAUGGCGAUAGCUCCAUCCAGCUGCAGACAGGAGAGGCAUCCUUUCAAACGUCGGUCCGUGUGCAGUUCAGAACUUCCAGCCAACAAGGCCUUUUAUUUCUGGCAGUGGGGCCCAGAGACUUCUUGCUGUUGGAGCUGACCUCGGGGCGCCCACAGGUUCGCGUGGACCUCGGCUCAGGUGAGCAGUCGCUGCGCUCAGAAAGGGACACCAACCUCACCGACUUGGCAUGGCACUCUGUAGAGGUCGCUCUCAAGCAUCAUCACGUCUCCAUGACUGUGGACCGAAACUCUCACACCAGGAUUCGCAUACCAGGACCUGAUCUGGAGCUCAGUGUAGAUACACUUUUUGUUGGUGGGGCAUCAGGACUUAAUCAUCCGCACCUUCUCAACAUCUCUACCGGGUUUAGAGGUUGCUUAGAUGAAGCUAUUUACAAUGAACUCAACCUGCUUGCCAGCCUGAAGUCUUAUUCUGGCUACAACAGCAACCAUGAGGUGUCUUUGGGGUGUAGUGAGCUGUUUUCAGCAACAGAAUAUGAUUCGAUCCAUUUUUUCAGCUCUAAAGCGUUCAUCUCUCUUCCACCAUGGGAGACGCAGCACAAAGGGGUGUUUGAAUGUGAACUGCAACCCUCUGGGAGAAAAGAAGAUGGUAUAGUCCUGUACAGUUCCGGUAUUCAGGGAGGUGUAGUGCUAGAAAUAAGAGGUGGUCACCUGGUGGCAACAGUUGGAACUGCGGAGGGGAGUAAGAUUGAGGUGCGUUCCCAUACACACCUCUACAGCAACCUAACAUGGUAUCCCAUCCAGUUGCAUCUACUACCCCAUACUGUCCAGCUGAAGGUAGGUGAAGAGUUGCUACAGGCCCGUCUAGGGUUGCAGAACAUCCAGCUCAAAGGACCACUCUUUCUGGGGGGGUUAAAUGAACCAGUACGGGGAGAAGCAAAGCAAUCAGAACUGAUGUCUUCCAAGACUCGGGGGCAACUCAGUGACAGUGGAGGCUCCUUCAGAGGCUGCCUCAGAGAAAUAAAAGUAAAUGCUCAAAGAACUGGCCUCCCUCAGGCUGUUGUCUCCAAGGACAUCACCCUGGACUGCAAGACGGGCCCGCCCUCCGAGACGAUGUCUCCCACCAGCUCUACAUAUAUUCCUGAAUUUGACAUUAGAAAUGACUCCAACUUCCUGUUGUUGAGAAGCCUUGCGGUAGAAGAAGGAAGUCGGGCACCACUGGAGCCCAAACACAUUAAGGUGAAUGUUGAUCUACCAAAGUUGGGCUUGCAUCCAUCUGAGUUCAUGUUCCGCAUUGAGGAGCAGCCAGUCCAUGGCCACCUGCAGCUUGACCCAAGCCCUGGCCCUAAAGUGGGGAUGACCCCAACUGCAGCAGAGGAGACGGACCUGGCUUUUAGCAUGCUUGACCUCUGGCAGGGUCGGGUGACGUAUGUUCACAGCGGCUCAGAGAGCCAGCAUGACUAUUUUAUGUUCUCCAUCUACUCCAGCUAUAAGAAAGAACUUCCUGCAUUAUUUACGGAGCACCGUUUGUACCGCUUUAAUGUCAGCAUCAGUCCUGUUAAUGACGCACCUGUGCUCAGCCUGCCACAGGGAAAUGUUUUUACUCUACUUCAAAAGUCCCAACGACAGCUGACAACAGAUGUGUUGAGAGCGUCAGACCCUGAUAGCAGUCCUGCUGACUUGGUAUUCAGUUCUAUGGGAAACCUGGACAAUGAGGCCGGACACCUCGAACACAGGGAUCAACCCGGCAGGCCCACCAAAGUUUUCUCCUUGUAUGAUCUGGAGGAAGGGAAGAUCAGCUUUGUGCACACUGGAGUUUCCACCACGAGGCUGGCACUCAGAGUCAGCGAUGGGCAAAUGGUCAGCAACCCGGUCAUUUUGAGGAUUCUGGCAGUUGAGCUUGAGCACAAACUUGUGAACAACUCCGGGGUGGAGGUGAACCAGGGCGGAGCGUCAGUUAUCACCACCAAUCAUCUUGCAGUACAAGUUAAUGUGGUUGAUCAGCCAGUGGAUAUUCACUAUGAUGUCACAGAGCUGCCGCAGUACGGUGAACUCCAACGUUUACACUCAAGUGGUGAAUGGAAACCCACAACUUUCUUUUCUCAAAGACUUCUUGAAAAAGGACGGAUCAGAUACCUGAGCACUUGCCAUGUCAGUCCAACUCAGAAUGUCAUUGACCAGUUCAAAUGCCAAGUCAGCGUUGGCUCUCUUGCAACAGAGACAGAACUUGUUUUUCCCAUUGUGGUACGAUGGAUCCAUUAUAAGGUCACAAGAAGCAAGAUGGAGGUCAAUGGUGUUCUGAAAGUAGUUGUCACUCCGGAAGACCUCCAUGUCAUCACUAAGACUGUCAAACUCAAUGACAGCGACAUCCACUUCAGACUUCUAACAGAACCCAAAAAAGGUCAUCUUUUCCUCAUUGACAAAGUUCUAAAAAUAAAUUCAACCUUCAGCCAGAAGAAUAUCACAGAUGGUUUGGUGACAUACGAGCUGCUGACCAGACUGCCCGUUGACACCAGGGACAUUUGCAGCUUCCAGGCCUUUUCCACACACGCCAGCUCAACGAGUCAUGACUUCAGAAUAAACAUCAGAACCGAGUCGACCGACUUCACCGUCUUAAACAAAGGCCUUUCAGUUGUGGAAGGAGGGACAAAAGUCAUCACAAAAAGCAUCCUAUUCACUCACAUAGCGAGCAACUGCGAGAUCCACUACAGCAUCACGGUGCAACCACAGCACGGUCAGAUACGGAGAAUCAACCUCUCAAACUCGACCUCCAUCAAUGACAACAUUGUGAUCUUCACCAAUCAGGAUAUCAUUGAGGAAAGGGUGAUGUAUGUUCAUGAUGACAGCGAGACAAAGCAUGAUUCUUUUACCUUUCAAAUUGUGGUUUACAAACCAACCAAACCCAGCGGCAGGAAGGAGGACAGAAACCCGCUCGAACACACCGUAAACAUUUCGAUCCAACUCAUCAACGAUGAGCGACCAGUCAGGGUUGUUGACAAAGUAUUCCAUGUGGCCAGAGAUGGGCAGAGGUUGGUGACUUUGAAUGACCUUUGCUACAGAGACAACGACUCAGACUUUGAGGACGACUGGUUGGUUUACACUCGAAGGGGGAUUCCGAUGGGGGAGCUGGUCCUGGCCAGUGCGCCCGAUCACAAACUGUACGAGUUCACACAGCGAGAUCUCAAACAGAAAAAGGUGCUGUUUGUACACAGCGGAGUCAGUUUUGGUCGUUUUGUGCUUUUUGUAUCAGAUGGGAAGCAUUAUGUUUCUACCUUGAUGGAGGUUAAGGCACAGGAUCCUUACAUUGAAGUGAAAAACAACACAGGCCUCAUGGUCCAGCGAGGUGGGUUAACGACUCUAACCUCAUACAACCUCAGUGUCCUCAGCAACCUGGACAUCAGAGAUCCACAGCAACUUAUGUAUGAGGUCUUCCUUCCGCCGAAACAUGGUGUCCUAUUCAUGAACGAUGGUGAAUCUGCAGCAGAAGCAGGCGCUGUUUUGUUAUUCACCCAGGAAGAUCUGGUUGCUGAGCGCCUGGGCUAUCGCCACGACGGCAGUCACGGAUUGUCAGAUGGGUUUAAUGUCACAGCGAGAGCAAGGGAGAGAAGCGGAGAGGGGCGGCCAGAUGACUGGAGGAGGGAAGUGUAUUUAGACAUUGGCUUUCAAAUAAAAAUCUACCUAGAGAGUCAUCAGAGACCACCAACAGUCAUCAAUAAUCGUCCAGUGGUCGUCGCGGAAGGGCACAAUGUCUCCUUAAACAAGGACCACUUAGAGGUGGUCCAUAUAGACAGCAAGCCUUCAGAGAUAGUCUUCACCAUCCAAAGACCACCAGAUCUGGGCUUGAUUGAGAUGUUUUCCUCUGAGAAGAAGUUGCGAACAAAAAAUGGAGGACAGCAGCAUCUCAUCCAGCAUUCACAGAAGCUGAGAUGGAAGCCGACAACCUCAUUCACUCAGGAGGACAUCAACAAGGGUUUGGUCAUCUACUACCAGCAGACAUCAGGAAGAACCAAUGAUUCCGCUCUGUUGGAGGCCACCAAUGGGGUCACCAAGGUUGGACCCAUUAAACUGGAGAUUGAUAUCAUUCCCACGUUGCUGCCUCUACAGGUCUCUGACUUGACCUUGGAUGAGGGGUCGUCCCUGCCGCUGACGCCUGACAUAAUCACAGUUAAUAGUCAUCACUUCUCAGGGAUGAAUUUCCUGUAUCAGAUUGUUGUUCCACCACGACAGGGUCACCUGGAGCACAGUCGGAUCCCAGGGAUUCCCAUCACUGCUUUCACGCACACUGAGGUGGAGCGUGAAUACAUUUCCUAUAUUCAUGACGGAAGUGACACAGUGAGAGACAACUUCACCAUCAUCGCUAAUCAGACAGAGAACCAGAAGUACAGUCUGCCACGUACCGUGCACAUCAAUGUCACGCCCGUUAAUGAUGAGACUCCUGUUGUUACGACCAACAGGGGUCUGAAGAUUUGGGUGGGUUCGGUGACAGAAAUCUCAGUGGACGAUCUCAGCGCUGACGAUUCCGACACUCCACCUGACGGGCUUGAGUUCAUCGUCACACCGCCCAGUAACGGCUACCUGGCUCUGAAGAGUGCCCCCUCCAGACCCAUCCUGAACUUCACCCAGAGUCACAUUGAAAGUGGACAGCUGCUGUUUGCACACUACGGUGCUGUGUCUGGUGGCUUCCACUUUCAGGUGAAUGAUGGCGUGAACUAUGCCCCUCGCCAGAUCUUCAGCCUGACAGCUCAUUCUUUGGUUCUUACACUACAGAGAAACCAUCCAUUGGAGGUGUACCCAGGCUCUGUGAGACCAAUAUCUGAGCAGGAGCUUCAGGUGGUAACCAACGACCCCUCUGACAUGGCAAGAAAUGACACUGUUGUGUUUACAGUGACCGUUCCUCCAAAAUUUGGCCGCUUGGUCCGUCAUAUGCCAGACAACUCUACUCAGGAUAUUUCUACGUUCACACAGGGCAUGAACAAGCCAGAGUCAGUGGGAUGGUUGGCUGCAGACACGUUUUCUUUCACCGUGUCAUCUCCUCCUGCCUUCCUCCCACCAAACAACUUCACCAUCUUGAUCUCCUAUCAGGCAAACAAACAUCAUCACGAUCAUCAACAUGACAGCAGACUUCUCAACAAUGCAGGCGCUGUGCUGGCAGAAGGCGGCAGGGUUACAAUUGACCGAUCUAAACUUGAUGCCUCCAAUCUCCUUGGGAAAGUGCCCAAGCCCUUUCAGAAAGACCAUCAUGUUGUUUACCGUGUGACUGCUCUGCCGCGCCAUGGCGUUCUGUCUAUCCAAGGACGCAACCUCACCAGGGACCAAGCAGAUUUUUCACAGAUUGCGUUGAACAAGUUUGGCAUUAGUUACAUCCACGAUGACUCUGAGACCACGAGUGACAGCUUCACUUUCCGGGCCUGGGUGGCUCCUUUGGAUGCCUCCUCCUCGUCAUCGCCGUUCUAUUCAGCUUCCUCCUCCCUUUCCUCAUUUGACUUGGUGUCUCAUCGCCACGUCAAGGAACACCUGGCUGUGAUAGAGACAUUUAACAUUACGGUGACUCCGGUCAACGACCAGCCGCCACUGAUUAGGAGUAGAUCCCCGAGUAUGAAGGUUGUUGUUGGAGAGAAAGUAGUUCUUGGACCAGACAAUCUGCAGGUUGAAGAUCAUGACACCCCUCCAGAGGAGCUGCAUUACCUUGUCAUCAGUAAGCCCAACAACGGUUAUCUGACGCUAGGUGAAAGGCCAGAACCAGUGACGUCUUUCACACAGUAUGACGUCAACCACGGCCGGCUGCAUUUUAUACAGCAGGGCGAGCCUUCAACAGGAGUUUUCUACUUUAAUGUAACAGAUGGUUAUCAUCGGCCGCUCUACAAACUGUUCAGUUUAGAGGUGAUUAAGCCCUCUGUGUCCAUCGUGAACAACACCGGCCUGUCAUUGGUUCAAGGCAGGACCGCAGUAAUCCUGACAACCAACCAGCUCGCAGCUCAAACAAACGGUCGAAGUCAGGCCAACAUCACCUACACGGUCACCGCGCACCCCCGUCAUGGACGCAUUGCCAUAAACGACCAAGAGGUCAUGACCUUCUUCCAUGAGGAUCUCCAAUAUGGCCGUGUUGUCUAUCACAUGACUGAUCUCAGCGAAUCAGAGGACAGCUUUCAAAUCUCAGUCUCAGCCUCGGCACCGGGUGUCGAGUAUGGAAACGUCACCUCGCAGACAGUGAAGGUCAUAGUGCGACCUCUCAUCUACCUGCGGGAACCAGUGAGAGUCCCCAGCGGCAUCGCGGUGAAACUGGGGAAAGCUAUGAUGGACGCCUCCGAGCUGGCACGAAUCAGCAGAGCCGACCCGCUCUUUGAGGUUCUGUCUCCACCAAAACACGGCAAACUAGUCAAGAUGACCUACGAUCCCAUCCGAGCAUCAGAGGUCCUGAAGUCGUUCACAUUUCGUGACGUGGUGCAAGGACGCGUAGCCAUCGAGGAGACUCUGAGUGACAGCGACAAUCAACUCCAAAGCAACGAAUCGGCGCUCACAACGGCCCGAGGCCACGCCCCUGCCACGCCUCUCAACGAUUCUUUUGUCUUCAUGCUGAAGGCUGGAAAUGUCCAACCAGCAAAAGGUGAGCUUCACUUCACCAUCUUACCUCACCACCAGAUGCGCCACGGUCCCACUGGUGUGAAUAAAGCGGACGGAGCGAAUAGCGAGCACAAGACCACCACCCGCCUGCCGACACGCAGCAAGACCACCGCAGGAGCGGUGAAAGGAGGGGGGCGAAAGGGAGUCGCAACAUCCGGCAAGGUAGAAUUGGGGAUGCACCCUCACAUCAUAACACUGAGGAACCACAAUAAGACGCAUCAUAAAGUGAGGCCUCACACCCGCAUAGCAAACCACACACGCGGUGGGAAUCAUGGCGGCCGGUCAGGAGGCGCCCCGAAGCCUCGCCCCCCAUCCGAGCCAGAACAUGGCCCAGCUCUGCCUCCUGACGCCCAUCCGGUUCACGUGGAGGUCCUCCCUCGGCCUGCCUCGGACCCUCUGCUCAUCAUCCUGCCUCUGCUGGCCUGCCUGCUCCUCAUCGUGAUCCUGGUGGUGUUGAUCCUGGUGUUCCGACACCGCAAGGAGAAGCAGGCAAGAAUGCGUCUCCUGCAGGAGCUCGGCGCCGUGCAGUUACCCGCCGAGGGCAGUCCAUACUUGGGCCGGCCGGAGCGAAGCGUGGCUAUGCCCUCUGUGGUGGUCACCCCGCUUGGCCCCGCCAGCUGUGCCGCCUCUCCCAGGGCACCUGAAGGCCCAAGGAGGCGGAGUCUGGCCCCCGGAAUGACCUUCUGGGGGCCAUUUGAAGCUGAGGCAACAAGUAGUGAUGACAAUAUUAGAGGUUGUGAAAGAGUUAUUGGUAGAAAUUCAUUACCAGCCAUCUCUAUAGAAUGUAAGUCCUCUCGCAGAUCCAAGUCCCCAACGCUGAAAGACAACCAGUAUUGGGUUUGAUUCAUCAAACUCAAAAACGAACUGUGCCUUACAGAUGUAUUAAAUGGCACAUCUACUAUGAAGAACAAAUUACUAUGAGGUCUUAAGUCUCACUUUUGAUUGAACCACAUUAUAAGAAACACUACAGCAACAGUAUUGUUAAAUACAGAGCCCGUCCUAACCAAAGUGGCAAGAUUUCAUGUGGCACCCCCCUCCAUUACAUUUACAAAUGGUUAUUGUCUUUAAUUUAUAAAAUAACUUGUCGCCCAAUUUACAUGCUGAACUAAUUCCAAAUAGAGUUGUCCCUCGUUGAUAGCGGUUAAUUGAUUCCAGACGCAACCACGUUAAAUGAAUUUCCGCAAUGUUAAUAGAGUGGCUAUUUUCGGAGUUACAACAUAGAAAACCUGUUUAUGACUUUCUAAGUAUGUUUUUUAAUUAACAUCAUUACAGCCCUGCAGACAUGAAAUGAAAACCUUUACACUCCUAUUUAGUGUUUACACCACAUUGCAAAUCUGAUGCUGUAGGGACUUUAGACGGCCGCUAGCUAGCGAGCUAACCUGUUAGCCUCAAAUUUAUUUCUUUUAAACAUAAGAAGCUGAAAAAAAUACUACUUCCACAUGGGAUGGGAGGAGAACUUGUAACAUUAUUACUAACAGAUUACUACAUAUCACUUGUAUUCCAAUAUGUUUGGACUAAUAAUUGACGGUAGUCUACCACAAAACAGUGAUCAUUUAUGAAUUAAUUUCUGGAAAAAAAAAACGCAAUAUAGCGAGGGAGCGAUAAUCGAACCACGAUAUUGCGAGGGACGACUGUAAAUACAAAAAAUCAGUAAGUCAGUAACAAUCAACAUCAAACAAUUUCAAUAAGCACACAGUUUUUGCACAAUAACUCUACAUAAGCUCCAUUUACACUAUGCAAUAACUAUACACAAACACUGAUGGGUGCGAAGACACUUACUUGUUAUCAUUUGCAGUAUUAUUCAUCGGCUUUUACUUUACAUUAGAAUCAAUGUGAACUUUUCCAUUUUAAAAGUUAAUGGUAAUAAUAACCACUUUUAAAUAUAGUUAUAUUAAAAUUUCUUGAUUUUCUGGCGCCCCGUGGAGGCCAUGGCACCCUUAGCAUUUGCCUUUUUUUACAGUGUCAAUCAAAAGUGCGCAUGGGUAUAUUUGUAAAGGCACAAUUUGCACUGGACCUCAUUUGAUUCAAAGUCCACAGAGUGUAUUUCUAAAUGAAAAAUGUGGUAAUACACAAUGCAUGGGAUCAUGGAUUAUUUGUUGUCGAGCACUUUUUCAAUGUCCAUUCUUGUAUAUCUUUUUGUACAUAUUCAAUUUAACUGCUUCCAUUUAGGGGGGGGAAAGACUCUUAAGCUCUUUGGAACAAAUAUGUGAAAUAUACUGAGGUUUAUUUAUUUGCUGUACAUUGGUUAUUGCUUAAUAGUGACACUAUGACAAGUUAACAACGGUAAUUUAACUACUCGGAGUUCUUUCAGUGUUUUCUCUCACCUAAUGUAAAUUGGGUAUGGCAGCAUUUGAGCUGCAGUUUGGGUUUUUUGAGGUUACAAGUGGCCCCAGGAGUAGUUUAGUCAGUUUGAACAAUGUAUAGUUCAAUGUUCUUCAAGACUUUCUUCAAGUGUCUCCUUUGCCGUUUAUUUUUCAAUAAAAAGUUAUUUUUAGACAGAAUUGAACGUGCACAUGCUUGAUUUGAUACGAUUCAAAAUUGUUUGGUUUUGUUGAGCGCGCCCUCAGCAGACCUUCCACGUUGUGUUUAGCAGAGCUGUGGACUCGUCAGC